ACGUUAUGUGGUGUCAAGUUUAGCCUCACCAUCUGUACUGACGACAGACCGUGAACUCUUCACACUCCGGAUGGAAGAGGGGUGGAAACAUUCCGAAAACCCCACAAAAAAAGCCUUUCUAAGGGAUUCUGGUUGCAAUAAAAUAGCGAUUGUUUUGAACGUAUAAGGCUAUACAUUGAAGACCAGCAGAAGUGAAGAAAAUGACCAGCGAACCCGAGGAGGCAACGGCAGAGGUCUCGGAGACUGCUGCCGCACAGAGCGCGAGCGACCCGGGGACGUUACUGGAAGUUACUUUCCAGAAGAACCCCCGUCAAAAAUACAAGUACCUGGAGGCAGAACCCAAGAUAUUAGGGGUGACCGAGAUCGCACUGGCUGUCUUCCUUGUUGGCAGAAUCCCCCUUUUCAUAGGAAUAACCGGAUUUAAUUUACAAUGCUUAACUCUGUCAUUUUCAUUUGUUGGCAUAAUUGCUGGCGGUGUAGCGAUAGCAGCACAGAACCUUCACCUGCAGACACUCAAGGCUUGUUUGGGAAUGCAGGUGGUCACAUGUGUGGCAUAUAUCGUCAGUCUUAUGGUAACAUCUUUACGGGACCUACACUUUAUUAGCUGCCGGGAUCCUUAUUUUUUCGGGAUAACACAUGCAAAUGACACAUGCGUACAAUUAGAGAAGGGAUUUCAUCUGCUGUAUUCAAUAGAUGAGCUCACGGAGGUGACUCAAAUUGUCCUCUCUGCCACACUAGCUGCGUACUGCUGCAAGGUGAUUCCUUGCUGCUCUCCCAGAUCUCAUGUGCCUGUCAUCGUUAUGACGCCACCCACAACUCCGCAAUGAAAGUGAGAGUGUGUGCAUCUAAAAACACUAAAAUUACUAAUAAAUCUCAAUCUUAGAACACAUUAUUAGACACAAAAUAAUACAUUAUACCUUUGUUAAACAUAACAUCACUAAUAUAUCUCUUUAUAUAUAAUAUAUCUAUAUAUCUAUAUAUAAUUUAUGCAAAUAUUAUGAGAACAUACAAAAGUCUAGUCAUUUAACAGCUUUUUAAAUAGAUUUUUAACAUAAUGUGCAGUCUACAGACCUACUCCUGAAUUAACAUACUGUACAUGCGUAUAAUUUCCAGUAUGAAUUAAUAUAUUAAUCAGCUUUACAAUGCAACACAUAAAACUUGUAAAAAUAGCCUUUUACAGAACACAAAGAACCAGUCUGUGCAUGGACAUUAUCAAAAUUAAAUGAACAAUUGUGAUAAUCAUUAAAAUAUAAUUACAGACUUCAUACUGUUUUCACCAUAUUAUUUUCAUUUUUAUAAAGUUAAAAGGAUAUUCCACCCAAAAAUGAAAUGUGUUGUGCUCAAAAUAUAUUUUGAAGAAUGUCGGGAACCGAACUAAUUUAUGUUAAUUAAUGCUAUUAAUGCAUUAAUAGCAAUAUAACAUUUUUUUUGCAUUGUACUUAAACUAAUAAAUUUCACAAACACCCACCGACCUGAUGUCGUGAUUGAAUUCGUUUUUUUUUUUUUCAAAAUGAGUCAAAACUUUUAUAAAUGUGUUAUGAUUAACAAUUUCAUAAGAAGAAAUAAAACCAUUUUUUUUAAAGGUUCAAUGAAUUCAAUUAUACACGUGUUACAAUCAAUACUUACAAUUUAGAAAUAAUCUUAAUGAAGAAUCUUCACAGGAGAUAACCAUCGGAAUCUGCAGAUCUGUCUAUUUAAAGUGAAAGAAAAAGGUUCUGAUCCUUCAGAUGAAUGGUCUUUUAGACCAUUUAUUCCUAAAAUGCUAGCUCAGAGAUUCAAUUGAAAUGUUUCAUUGGUGUCAAUCUGACACAUGAAACAUAUUAAGGGAGAACUUGCCGGUAGUUAAUUGUCGUGCGGAAGAAUUGUCUCUUGGUCAAACAUCAGUUUGUAGCACUCGUUCAGCACUGCUAACAACCUGUCCUCUUCCACUGGCUCACAUUCCUCUUUUUACAUUUCAGAAAUGUUAAUAUAUGUUGAAAUGUUCCAGGCAAGUGGGCUGUACACAAUGAUAUGCUGUUCAAGAACAUUUUCAGAGCCUGAAACAACAACAACAACAAAACCCUCUAUUCGACAAUAUAACCUUUAAUCAACCAAACCUUACUUCACAUUUUAAUAUCGAUGAUUACUAAUGCUGGCCAAUAGACCUAGAAAAUAUAAUAUAAAAUAUAUUUAAACUGUCAAGUCUAUCUCAUGAUUUGACUGUAAGAAGCAAUCUGAAAAUAGGAAUCAAGAAAAAAAGAAGAGGCUUUAAACCACAAGUACACACAAUAAAAAUGUGAAAAUAACUGGAUGAAAUAACUAUUUACUUAAUGUACUAAGCCAACUAACAUUAUUCAUAUUCUUUUGGUUUCUGUGAAUAUAUUUAUAUUAUAUAUAUUAGAAAUACUUUUUAUUAGUUUCUAUAUAAAUAAUUAUUUAAAUAUAAAUAUAUAAAUAAUGUUUGUAUAAAUUAAAUUGCAGUCUUUUAGUUAUUUUAGUACUUCAAAUUCAAUUAAAUUAAAAUGAGAAAUGACUGGCAUCUAUCUGAAAUAAAAUGUUUACGUUUUUUAAAAA